AUGGGGAUCCACGAGGGGCAGUUGGAAAGAACCACCAGGCCGCUGUACGGGUUCACGGGAGACUCCGUCAUUCCUCAAGGCACUAUCCGACUACCUAUAACAGCCGGAGAAAAACCCCGACAGACAACAACAAUGGCCAACUUUGUGGUCAUUAAAGGAGGCUCCCAAUACAACGCAGUAAUCGGGAAACCAACCCUCCAGGCAUUAAAGGCAAUAACCUCCAUCUACCACCAAAAAGUCAAAUUCCCCACCCCAAACGGCAUAGGAGAAAUUAAGAGCAACCAGUACGAAGCCAGGGUCGCAUACUCCGAUGCCUUACGCGGAUAUGACCAGCCGGGAAGACAGGAAACGAGGAUGGUUCAACAAGGCCUCAUUGAGGAUAUAGACCCCCGGGUCCAAGAGGAAAUUACUUGGUCUCAGCCCAUCGAACAGUUGGAAGAGAUCCAGAUUAACGAAAGCGGAACCACCAAAAUACUAAAAAUAGGUUCGGACUUGACCCCACCACUCAAAAGCAGGAUUGAAAUGGGUUUUAAAUAUUUUUCUAGAGUUUAUAUGAUUCUUCAAAGAUUAAACUAA